AUGAACGUCGUCCGCUCCACCCUGAGCACCUGGAGGGACCGCCUCGCCCCGAUAUCCCACACCUCCACCUUUCGCUCCACCGGUCAAAUAACGCCCGAAGAAUUCGUCCUCGCAGGCGAUUACCUAGUAUAUAAGUUCCCCACCUGGUCGUGGGAAGACGCUGCUUCGCCAGCAAAGCGGGCGCCGCAUCUACCACCUGGAAAGCAGUUUCUAGUUACUCGCGGGGUACCAUGCCAUCGACGGCUCGAUGAUAACUUUGCUGGGGAUGCUGGUCGGGAAGAUGUUAUGGUUACUGAUGGUUUGAGCGGUGGUGCUGGAGGUGGUGGUGGGAGUGGUGGCGAUGACGAUGAUGGGUGGUUAAGAACGGGAGGGGGGAUGUCAGAUAGCCACGAGGCAAGGAUCAAGGAUGUGCGGACGGUGGAUGAGGCGGGGAAUAUUGGGGAGAGGGAGGAAGAUGAAGAGGAGAUUCCGGAUAUGGAAGAUGACGACGAUGAUGAAGAAGCUAUUAUCAGGGAACCGGCUGGAAAAACCGAGACUGAUACACCCCUCCGCACUUACACGCUCUACAUAACCUACAGUCCCUACUAUCGAACCCCGCGCCUCUACCUUUCCGGCUACAUCUCCCCAUCCGAGCCACUCGCCCCACACCUCAUGAUGGAAGACAUCGUUGGCGACUACAAAGACAAAACCGUCACACUAGAAGACUUCCCCUUUUUCGACGGCGGCGUAAAAAUGGCCAGCGUGCACCCAUGCCGCCACGCAAGCGUGAUGAAAGUCCUCCUCGACCGCGCCGACGCGGCUCUAAAACUCCGCCGCCAGAAGCUGAAAAAUGCUACCUCUGUAGAAGACGCGAGGCGAAAUGUGCCUUCGAAAGUUGAGAGUGGGCUGGAGGGUCUGGUUGAUGAUACGGCCCGUCUGACGAUUUCACCUGAACAGCAGCAGCCGCUGCAGCAAGCGGCGGGGGCUGCGGGUGGUAAUGCGGGAGAUGAGUGGGAAGUGUUGCAGCAUGAGGGUGGUGAGGAGUAUGAAGAGCAGCGCGUGGCUAUAAGAGUGGAUCAGUACUUAGUCGUUUUCUUGAAGUUUAUUGCAAGUGUGACGCCGGGUAUUGAACAUGACUUCACCAUGGGGGUUUAG